GGGUAUUAACAGUAACUGAUCCAGGGUUAGAUGUAACACUAUAUUGCAGUAGGCUAUAGCCUUAAUGUUGAACAUUCUCGCAGUUCGCUGUGGAUUUUUAGCGACAAGACAAUGAACUAGCAUAUGAACAAGUUUACAAUACCAGUAUUUCAAAUGGUUUGCAAAGCAAAUAGCCGCGAUGUAAAGUUCGCAUAGCAGAACACAGUUUGCUGUUUAGUCGAUCGUGGCCGGCCUUCAACUAUCAGUUAGGUUUCCAGACUUCUUCCGCAUUUUCCUACGACUUUUGGGCUGUGACGUGAGUGCUGACGGCGGCCUUGGUGCUGGCGGAGCUGGGGGCUGUAGCGAUUCUGUGCAUCAGUGGAGCUUCGAAAGUCUCGGCCCCUCCCUCCCUGCGCCUCAGCGGCCCGCCCAGCUAGCACAAACUCCCGAUUGAAUCCUGCCCGAGUCUGGGGAAAUCGGACGGCCUGGAAAUCGAGAGACGGAGAGAGGCCAACCCGUACUACAGAAACUGUGCUGCAGUGACAAAUGAGGUGUAAGGACAAUGGAUGAGGAUGAAACAAGGCUUGCACUCCAUUCCCAAGAGCCUAAAAUCAUUCUACAUGGAUCAGAUGAAGGUGGUGCUGGGGGGGAGGAGUUUGUGGUGGAGCUGCAGGAGACGGUGCUGGUGUCAGAGGUGGAGGGGGAAGGAAUGGCAGUGCAUGGAUUUGCCCCAGAGGAGAUGGUGAUCCAGGACGCAGUGGAGGACGUGGUGUCAGAGUACGUGCACUGCGACGAGGAGGACGAGGAAGUUGCUGUGGAGACCUGUGUGAUGUCACUGGAGGGGGAGGAUGAAGGUGUGGCCAUGGGGGACAUCCCUGAGGAUGUGAUGGUGGCAGACGGCCGUGCCCAGGAUGAACUGGAUGCAGAGCAGGACACAGACGGAUGUGGGGACUAUUUGAUGAUCUCCUUGGACGAGGCGGGCAAGAUGGUGUCUGAUGACGGCACAGAGGUGACAGUGGAUGGAGCUGUGGAGGACCAGGAGGUGGAGAAGGAUGAGGAUGGCCAGGAGGUGAUCAAGGUAUACAUCUUCAAGGCGGACUCUGGAGAGGAUGACCUGGGUGAAACCGUGGACAUCAGCGAUGGAGACAAUGAGGAUGUGGCAAUGACAGACACUACAGGUCGUACUCUCCGUGAGAAGAUGGUCUACAUGUCUCAGGGGGAACAUGGUCCAUCAAAGAUAUCUGAUGAGGUUUACAUGGAGGUGGUGGUGGGGGGGGAGGAGCCAGUGACACACGAACGUUCGUACGACAGCACGGCUCUUAGCAAGGACUUCAUGCCUGUGGCCUGGGCAGCGGCGUACGGUUCUGAGGACAGUGAGAGCUGUGAGAACAGGAACGGUGCUGCCAGUGCUCUGCUGCACAUUGACGAGUCAGACGGCGUGGACAAGGUCAACAGGCAACGGAACAAGAACAAGAGAACGAGGGCUGAGCCUCGGCAGGUCCAGACAGCCAUCAUCAUUGGUCCGUACGGCCAGCCUCUGACAGUCUACCCCUGCAUGCUCUGCGGCAAGAAAUUCAAGUCACGAGGCUUCCUGAAGCGCCACACCAAAAACCACCACCAGGACGUCUUGACCAGGAAGAAGUACCAGUGCACGGACUGCGACUUUACCACCAACAAGAAGGCCAGCCUUCACAACCACAUGGAGGUGCACACCCUGAGCAUCAAGGCUCCGUUUGAGUGCGAGGUGUGCGGCAAGGAGUUCCACCAGCAGGCGGCGCUGUUCUCCCACCGACUGCAGCACCACCACCGUGAGCCCAAGAGUCCGGUGCCUUCCCAGGCCAACAAGAUGCACAAGUGCAAGUUCUGCGACUACGAAACGGCCGAACAGGGUCUCCUGAACCGCCACCUGCUGGCCGUCCACAGCAAGAGCUUCCCGCACAUCUGUGUGGAAUGCGGCAAGGGCUUCCGACACCCCCCGAGCUUAAAAAAACACAUGCGCACAGGCACACGGGGCGAGAAGCCUUACUCCUGCCUCUACUGCGACUACAAGUCGGCCGAUUCCUCCAACCUGAAGACGCACGUCAGAGACCAAGCACAGCAAGGAGAUGCCGUUCAGUGCGAACGCUGCUUCCAGACGUUCGCUGAAGAGGAGGAGCUGCUGCAGCACGCGCUGGGACCCACGAGGAGGGCCAAAACCCACCAGUGCACUCACGCGAGCACGAAGAGCUCCAACUCCAGCGACCUGAAGCGCCACGUCAUCUCGGUGCACACCAAAGACUACCCGCACAAAUGCGCCGUCUGCGAGAAAGGCUUCCACCGGCCGUCCGAGCUGAAGAAGCACUCCACGUCGCACCGGGCCAAGAAACUGCACCAGUGCCGCCACUGCAACUUCAAGAUCGCCGACCCGUUUGUGCUCGGUCGCCACAUCCUGUCGGUCCACACCAAGGAGCAACAGGCUCCCCCGAAAAGAGUGAGGCCAAAAGGACUUUAUCGGGGCCCUCCCCGUCGUCGGCCCCCGGCCCGGUACGCCGGCAGUAAAAGAGACCGCUGUUGGUGCCGGGCGCUAGUUCUAGUGCUGCUGGCAUGGCCAGGGGACCCAAGGAGAGGAGGGUGUACCAGUGUCAUACUGUGAUUACAGUCAGUGGGGGACGCCUCGGGCUUUAAGCGCCACGUGAUCUCCAUUCACACGAAAGACUACCCCCAUCGCUGUGAGAUCUGCUCCAAGGGUUUCCGUAGGCCCUCGGAGAAGAACCAGCAUAUCGCGCGCCACCACAAGGACUUGAUGCAGGCCGAGUGACCCUGGCGGCGUCCAUAUCCUCAUAACCCACAAAAAAACACUAAAGCAACCACCAACAGACCAUAUUUGUGUGUGUGUGUGCAAGCGUGUGCACGUCUGUGCGUGCGUGCGCGCGCAUGUCUGUUUGUUUGCUGCAUUAACAGGGAAGGUCUUCUGUUAUUUUUACCCCAUUGAGUCUCAAGCCAACCUUUCUUCAACUGAAAUUGGAUGUAUAUACCCAGGUAAGGCCAAUGGCAUCAGGUGACACAGCCCUGUACAGACUUGCGCUUUAUCUGCAUGUCCCCCUGCUGGUGACAGUGUGCAUGGCAGAAUGCAAGCAACUUGGUCUCUCCGAAGUCUUUGUAGAUUCAUCGUUUUUACACCACAGCCAACCACCAGUCCUUUAUUUAAGUGGCGAUUAUUCUUGUCGCCCCACAACUUGGACAAAAUGAGAUCUACACCCUGUUUGUAUUUUACCGUUUGCACCGUGAAAUGGACUGUCGUCUGAGUGAGCAGGCGAGUGAGCUGAACAGAGGGGUCCAGAUGAAUUUAAUUCUGAUAGCACUUGCCAAUAUUGUUUUCCCAAAUGCGUCUUGAAUUUAUGGACCGGAUGCUUUGAACGGCGAGACACCGAGAGAUGGGGUUGUAUGUUAUUGAGUGCCUGCUUGUGUGAAUGCCUGUUUCAGAAGGAUGUCUCAGUUAGGAUGUUACAACAAUGUAUCGCUUGUGCUUCCUGGUGCUGUGUGUCAUCAUGUCUUUGGUAUUUGGAGGACAACGGUCAGAUCAUGGACGGCAUCCCCAGAAGGAGCUGACUGCCUCAUAGCAAGGUCAGACGUAAAAACCUGCCGCGGGGUGGUUUGUCUGUUUCUUCUCUUAGCAUUGAGAUGUUAGGCGUGGCCCCCUGUGCCACGGGCGUGGCAGGGAUUUUGCAGGUAAGCAGCAGUCGUGGCAGCUCCAACCCAUAAACCCCCACGCUCUUCACGGCAGACUCUUUAACCCUUAAUGAGCUGCAUUAUCAGACCGCUGACUGGAGGUUUAUGCAGCGCCGGUCAGGACUUUACAUUGAUGGACGCACUACACAUGGUACCGCUGACCUGUAUGACCACGACAUACUUCUUUCACCCAAACAUCUGCUUGCGACAGUGGUGACUAGCCCGCUGAAGGGCUGCAACAUGUAUAGACGGGUGGUAGAUUUGUACUCUGGCUCCUUUCCCCUGUGGUCAUUGUUUGUUUUUAUAUUUAUUUCAUCAUCAUGAAUUUUGUUGUAUAGUUCAGUGUACCUAGAAUUCUAUAGGAUGUAAAUUAUUGUUUUGUACACAAAUUUGUAAAAAGUGUGUAGAUGUAAACACUUAACAAACAAAAGGAGGAAUCAGACCUGUGUUGUUAUGGAUGUACUUGACGUAUUUGUUAAAAAAGAAAAGCUAUGAAAAAAAGAGAAUAAAAGCAAAGUAUUUUACCUGCA